AUGGAGAAUUUGGAGGUGAGGCCCAAAUCCUUCAUAAUCAAAUGGAUAAAUGCUCCAGAUAACUCCAAGAUAAAGUGGGAGGUGAAGCCAUUGAAGAAAUCCGUGAAUUUCGGCAUCUAUGUCUCUAAUUCGAAGUUUGAGAUUGAUCUCAAUCAAGUCCAUGAGUUUGACAGACAGAGAUCGAACUCGGUAACUACGAUAUCGUCAAAUUCUAGCCUGGAAGAGCGAUUGGGGUCCCGUCUGACAAAGGUGGAAUGGGUUGGAAAGUGCAACGGUAACGAACUGAUCCAAGGUACUGUGAAUGUGGAAACGGGCCACCUUUAUGCCUUUGUGUUUGACAAUACUUUCAGUAAGACAACGGGGAAGAAAAUUCUGUUCAACCAAUACAUAGAGGAAGAAAGGAGACAAAGCACCACCGAGUCUCUGCCAGAACAAGUUGCUUCUGUCCCGAGCAAUGUGAAGUUUGAACUACCGAAACAGACCCAUGGUUCAGGUCCUGGUUCAUCUUUCCUCACUGUCAAAGGUGGAAAGUACCUUCAGGGAAUGCUGCUCAAGAAGAAGAGAAAGAGAUCAACCAAGAAUUUCAGCCAGAGAUUUUUCGUCCUGAAUUUCAAGUAUGGCAUUCUGAACUACUAUGUGAACGAUAGGUCAAACCAUGUGAGGGGAAACAUGUACAUCAAAAAUGUGAUCAUUUCUGCUGAUAAACCGGGUCUAACUAUUUACCUCGACUCCGGCCUAGAGUUAUGGGUUUUGAAAGCCUAUAACGCUGAGGACUGGCAAGUGUGGAUAAAGGCCUUCAAUUUCAUCAAGAAGAAGAACAGAGCUGGCUAUUCUGUUGAUGAAGCUGGUGGAGUUUCGGGAAUCGACUACGAUGAAGAAGAGGUGAGUGAAAAAAUUGAUUCAUUGAAGUUGACCGCCAAUAAGCUGAUGAAUGGUCUUGAAAAAAGAAGACCUUCUUUCUGGAGAAGAUACAGCAGAUCGUCGUCUAACGUGAACAGCAACACUGUAAACAACAACUCCCACAGCGAUGACUCCUCGUCUGUGAAUGGCACUCUUAACACGAGCCCCAACGGUAGUGAUGCUGUUGGAUUGGCCAAGGAACUAUAUGCAGGUCUUUUGGAGCUGGAGACUCUGGUUCGCUCUCCGAAGCUUUCUCGGACCACGACCACAGCUGCUUCUUUGUUCUCACAAGAGUUCUAUGAUGCUCAAGAGUAUCUCCAUGAGGUGAGCGAUAAGGUGGUUCUCUUGAAGGGUGCCUCAGAAGAUGGCUUGCACAACAACUCUUCGGACAAUUCGAAUUUGAACUUUGACAUCUCAAGCUCAUCUUCUUCGGACGCUGACUCGUUUAUGCCUCUGAAAAGUCCAAUAAAGAUAACCUCAGAUGACCUCUAUCCACUUCCUCUUCCGCCAGUGGCUAGAAGGAAAGACAUCAGCCCAAGCACGGUGGAUCCUCCCAGUUUGAUUGCUUUUUUUAGGAAGAACUUGGGUAAGGAUCUCUCUACGAUCGCAAUGCCUGUGUCUUCCAAUGAACCGCUGACUUUUCUUCAAAAGUACGCCGAGUCCUACGAGUACACAAACUUGAUUGACGAAUCACUCAAGUCGGACGUUUCUUCAGGCGAAAGAAUUCUGAAGAUCGCUGCUUUUGCGAUUAGCUCUCUAUCCGCCUACCGCGCCAAAGUAAGGAACCAGAGAAAACCGUUUAAUCCUCUUCUUGGUGAGACAUUCGAACUUGUCAGAGAAGAUCUGGGUUUCAGAUUGAUUGCUGAGAAGGUAGAGCAUCGUCCGUUUGUUAUUGCUGCUCGUGCAGAAUCUGCUAAUUGGACAAUUGACCAUUGUCCUACACCAUCCCAGUCUAUCCGUGGAAAAACUGCGGAGGUCACAGUCAAAGGAACAGUCACACUGACUGCAAGGUCCACAGGAGAAGUGUAUCAAUGGGUUCAGCCAGUCACCAUGCUGAAGAACCUUAUUGCGGGUGAGAAAUAUUCGGAGCCUGCGUCAUCGAUGACAAUUACGUGCUCUAACGGUCAACGAGCUAUUGUGAAUUUUAAAGUGAGUGGGAUGUUCAGUGGAAGAUCAGAGACACUGUCCGUUAGAGUUCAGGAUAAGGGCCAGUACUUACCACUCGAACUGAGAGGUUCGUGGACAGAGGAAUUGCAUUUCUACACAGAAGAGACUCAGGGAGAGUUGGUUUGGAAAGCUGGAAACCUCGUGCCCAACUAUGCUUCAAAAUUCGGAUUUACUGAAUUUGCGGCAGGGCUGAAUCAGAUCACCAUGCUGGAAAAAGGUAAGCUGGCACCCACAGAUUCUCGACUCAGACCCGACCAGAAUGCAUAUGAGAAUGGUGAUGUAGAUGAAGCUGAACAACUGAAGCUCAGUUUGGAGGAAGCCCAAAGGCUCAGGCGUAAGGAAAACGAGGCCACUUUCAAAAAGCACGAGACAAAAUUCUUCAAGGAGAUCCCAGGAAGCAGAGAUCCAGGAAACGAUGAUAAACCUCUCUGGGCUUUUGUUGAGGGCGACAAAAGCUACUGGAACAGAAGAAAAAGACAAGAUUGGGGAGACCUUCUAAAGCUCUGGUAG